AUCUAUCCAUACUAAUGGAGAUGUAACCGGAACUGAUUCUGAUGAUAAAAACAAGGACCAUCAGACAAGAUCAUGUAGUAGGAAACUUUGCUUCCAAAUGAAGCCACCAACAUUAGAAUUUCUACUUAUUCUAAGGUUCCCUUUACGACUAGAUCAGAGAAUGAAUUAAUCUCCUAAGAAUCACUACAGUACUCUGAGGGGUUUGGAAAUAAGCAGGUUGUUUGUAUAAUUGGCCUUACACAAGGAGAGAGUGAAGAGACUAGAACCAUCUCUGGAAAAUAUCAUUACCCCAUUCCCUGGAAGCUACCACCUGGAGCACUAGAUUUGACCAGAUCUGUUUUGGGAAUUCAUUAUGAACAAGGAAGUCUCCCAGGUGUGAAGUUUUUCAACAUGAGUGGCCUCGGGGACAGUUCAUCUGAUCCUGCUAACCCAGACUCACAUAAGAGAAAAGGAUCGCCAUGUGACACACUGGCAUCAAGCACUGAAAAAAGGCGCAGGGAACAAGAAAAUAAAUACUUAGAAGAGCUAGCUGAGUUACUGUCUGCCAACAUCAGUGACAUUGACAGCCUGAGUGUAAAACCAGACAAAUGCAAGAUUUUGAAGAAAACAGUCGAUCAGAUACAGCUAAUGAAGAGAAUGGAACAAGAGAAAUCAACAACUGAUGAUGAUGUACAGAAGUCAGACAUCUCAUCAAGUAGUCAAGGAGUGAUAGAAAAAGAAUCCUUGGGACCUCUUCUUUUGGAGGCUUUGGAUGGAUUUUUCUUUGUUGUGAACUGUGAAGGGAGAAUUGUAUUUGUGUCAGAAAAUGUGACCAGCUACUUGGGUUACAAUCAGGAGGAACUGAUGAAUACCAGCGUCUACAGCAUACUGCACGUGGGGGAUCAUGCAGAAUUUGUCAAGAAUCUGCUACCAAAAUCACUAGUAAAUGGAGUUCCUUGGCCUCAAGAGGCAACACGCCGAAAUAGCCAUACUUUUAACUGCAGAAUGCUAAUUCACCCUCCAGAUGAGCCAGGUACCGAGAACCAAGAAGCUUGUCAGCGAUAUGAAGUAAUGCAGUGUUUCACUGUGUCACAGCCAAAAUCAAUUCAAGAAGACGGAGAAGAUUUCCAGUCAUGUUUGAUUUGUAUUGCACGAAGAUUACCUCGGCCUCCAGCAAUUACAGGUGUAGAAUCCUUUAUGACCAAGCAAGAUACCACAGGUAAAAUCAUCUCUAUCGAUACCAGUUCCCUGAGAGCUGCUGGCAGAACUGGCUGGGAAGAUUUAGUGAGGAAGUGCAUUUAUGCUUUUUUCCAGCCUCAGGGUAGAGAACCAUCUUAUGCUAGACAACUGUUUCAAGAAGUGAUGACUCGUGGCACUGCCUCCAGCCCAUCCUAUAGAUUCAUAUUGAAUGAUGGGACAAUGCUUAGCGCCCACACCAAGUGUAAGCUUUGCUAUCCUCAAAGUCCAGACAUGCAGCCUUUCAUCAUGGGAAUUCAUAUCAUCGACAGGGAACACAGUGGGCUUUCUCCCCAAGAUGACACUAAUUCUGGAAUGUCAAUUCCCCGAGUAAACCCCUCGGUCAAUCCUAGUAUCUCUCCAGCUCAUGGUGUGGCCCGUCCAUCCACAUUGCCACCAUCCAACAGCAACAUGGUAUCUACCAGAGUAAACCGCCAGCAGAGCUCAGAUCUUCAUAGCAACAGCAGUCAUACUAAUUCUAGCAACAACCAAGGGAGUUUUGGAUGCUCACCCGGAAAUCAGAUUGUAGCCAAUGUUGCCUUAAACCAGGGACAGGCCAGUUCCCAGAGCAGUAAUCCAUCCUUAGGCCUCAAUAAUUCUGCUAUGGAAGGUACAGGAAUUUCCCUAACGCAGUUUAUGUCUCCAAGGAGACAGGUUACUUCUGGCUUGGCAGCAAGAGCCAGGAUGCCAAACAAUUCAUUUCCUCCAAAUAUUCCAACUUUGAACUCCCCAGUUGGCAUGACAAGUGGUACCUGUAAUAAUAGUAACCGAUCUUACUCAAAUAUCCCAGUAACAUCUUUACAGGGUAUGAAUGAAGGACCCAGUAACUCUGUUGGCUUCUCUGCCAAUUCUCCAGUACUCAGGCAGAUGAGCUCACAGAAUUCACCUAGUAGACUAAAUUUACAACCAGCAAAAGCUGAGUCCAAAGAUAACAAAGAGAUUGCAUCCAUUUUAAAUGAAAUGAUUCAAUCUGACAACAGCACUAGUGAUGGCAAACCUUUGGAUUCAGGGCUUCUGCAUAACAAUGACAGACUCUCAGAUGGAGACAGUAAAUAUGCUCAAACCAGUCACAAGCUAGUGCAGCUUUUGACAACAACUGCGGAACAGCAGUUACGGCACGCAGACAUAGAUGCAAGCUGCAAGGAUGUACUGUCUUGCACGGGCACUUCCAACUCUGCUUCUGCUAACUCCUCUGGAGGUACUUGCCCUUCUUCUCAUAGCUCGCUGACUGAGCGGCACAAAAUUCUGCACCGGCUCUUACAAGAGGGUAGCCCCUCAGAUAUCACCACUCUGUCUGUGGAGCCUGAUAAAAAGGACAGUGCAUCUACAUCUGUGUCAGUGACUGGACAGGCCCAAGGGAAUUCUAGUAUAAAACUAGAACUGGAUGCUUCAAAGAAGAAAGAAUCAAAAGACCAUCAGCUCCUGCGCUACCUUUUAGAUAAGGAUGAGAAAGACUUAAGAUCAACUCCAAACCUGAGCCUGGAUGAUGUAAAGGUGAAAGUGGAAAAGAAAGAGCAGAUGGAUCCUUGUAACACAAACCCAACUCCUGUGACCAAACCAGCGCCUGAGGAAAUUAAACUGGAGUCCCAGAGCCAGUUUACAGCUGACCUUGACCAGUUUGAUCAGUUACUGCCCACGCUGGAGAAGGCAGCACAGCUGCCAGGCUUGUGUGAGACAGACAGGAUGGAAGGUGCGGCCACCAGCGUAACCAUCAAGUCAGAGAUCCUGCCAGCCUCACUUCAGUCCACCACUGCCAGACCCACUUCCAGGCUGAACAGAUUGCCUGAGCUAGAAUUGGAGACAAUUGAUAACCAGUUUGGACAACCAGGAACAGGUGAUCAGAUUCCAUGGGCAAACAGUGCUGCGACAGCUGUAAAUCAGACAAAACCAGAAGACCAGUGUAUUAGUUCACAGUUAGAUGAACUGCUCUGUCCACCAACAACAGUGGAAGGAAGAAAUGAUGAGAAGGCUCUUCUAGAACAGCUCGUGUCUUUCCUCAGUGGCAAAGAUGAAACUGAGCUUGCUGAACUAGACAGAGCACUGGGAAUUGACAAACUUGUUCAGGGGGGUGGAUUAGAUGUACUGUCAGAGAGAUUCCCACCACAACAAGCAACACCACCUUUGAUGAUGGAAGAAAGACCCAACCUCUAUCCCCAGCCUUACUCUUCUCCCUCUCCUACUGCCAGUCUCCCCAGCCCUUUCCAAGGCAUGGUCAGACAGAAGCCUUCUCUGGGAACAAUGCCUGUUCAGGUAACGCCUCCCCGAGGCGCUUUUUCACCUGGCAUAGGCAUGCAGCCCAGGCAGACUCUAAACAGACCUCCAGCCGCACCUAACCAGCUUCGACUUCAGCUACAACAGCGAUUACAGGGACAACAGCAGUUGAUACACCAAAAUCGGCAAGCUCUCUUGAACCAGUUUGCAGCAAAUACUCCAGUUGGCAUUAACAUGAGAUCAGGCAUGCAGCAGCAAAUCACACCUCAGCCACCCCUGAAUGCUCAGAUGUUGGCACAGCGUCAGCGGGAGUUGUACAGUCAGCAGCACCGACAGAGGCAGCUAAUACAGCAGCAACGAGCCAUGCUUAUGAGACAGCAAAGCUUUGGGAACAACCUCCCUCCCUCAUCUGGACUGCCAGUUCAAAUGGGGAACCCCCGUCUUCCUCAGGGUGCUCCACAGCAAUUCCCCUACCCACCAAACUAUGGUACAAAUCCAGGAACUCCACCUGCUUCUACCAGCCCAUUUUCACAACUGGCAGCAAAUCCUGAAGCAUCCUUGGCCACCCGUAACAGCAUGGUGAGCAGAGGCAUGGCAGGAAACAUGGGAGGACAGUUCGGCACUGGAAUCAGUCCUCAGAUGCAGCAGAAUGUCUUCCAGUAUCCAGGAUCAGGAAUGGUUCCCCAAAGUGAGGCCAACUUUGCACCAUCUCUGAGCCCGGGAAGCUCCAUGGUGCCAAUGCCAAUUCCUCCUCCUCAGAGCUCUCUGCUCCAACAAACUCCGCCCACUUCCGGGUACCAGUCACCAGACAUGAAGGCCUGGCAGCAAGGAGCAAUGGGAAGCAACAAUGUGUUCAGUCAAGCUGUCCAGAACCAGCCCACACCCGCACCACCAGGAGUGUACAACAAUAUGAGCAUCACCGUGUCGAUGGCAGGUGGAAACACAAAUGUUCAGAACAUGAACCCAAUGAUGGGCCAGAUGCAGAUGAGCUCUUUGCAGAUGCCAGGAAUGAACACUGUGUGCCCUGAGCAGAUAAAUGACCCAGCACUGAGACACACAGGCCUCUACUGCAACCAGCUGUCAUCCACUGACCUUCUCAAAACAGAAGCAGACGGAACCCAGCAGGUGCAACAGGUUCAGGUGUUUGCCGACGUCCAGUGUACAGUGAAUCUUGUAGGCGGGGACCCUUACCUGAACCAGCCUGGUCCACUGGGAUCUCAAAAACCCACGCCAGGACCACAGACCCCCCAGGCCCAGCAGAAGAGCCUCCUUCAGCAGCUACUGACUGAAUAACCACUUUUAAAGGAAUGUGAAAUUUAAAUAAUAGACAUACAGAGAUAUACAAAUAUAUUAUAUAUUUUUCUGAGAUUUUUGAUAUCUCAUUCUGCAGCCAUUCUUCAGGUCGUAGCAUUUGGAGCAAAAAACAAAAACAAAAAAAAAGUUCACUUUUGUUGGGAGAUUGAAAGAUGUUUUUGUUUCUUUCUUUGUAAAAGCCUUGGAUAUUGGGGAAAAAAAUGACAAGGCAGAACAGUUGGACAAUCUGUUUCUUGAGCGCCAAAUUUAAUUAUUCUUAUUUUUGUAAUCAGUUAUUGGCUUCUUAUCUGGAUGAAGGCUUUUGGAGGAGAACCAAAAUGGCGAGUUCUAAGGGGAAGACGAAACUCUGCCUUGCCGGCUCAGUCCUGACCCUGCCCAGGAAGGAGGGCCCUGCGGGGCUUUGUGUCGUCCACCAAAGGCUGUCACGUUCCUCGAAACCCAGUAGCCCUCUGGGCCCAGCCCCAGGAGCUUGUGUGUACAAUCAGCCUCUUCAAGCAAUUCUGUAUCUGUUGGCUUCAAGAGACUAUUUUGCCUCCACAUAUGCACCCCUUCUCCUUUUUGAAAAGAUGGAUUUAAACCAAGAUGCCUCCAGGAGAGAGGAAGAAAUGAGUAUAUUCAUAAAGGAAUCCAAAAAAAAAUCAGUUUGGGGGAAAAUGCAAUAAUUUUUGAUGAGAUGGGUGAAGGACAAGAAGUGAGUUCUGUCAAUUAUUGUAGAUAAAAUUUUCUGAUUGAAUCUUGAGGGGAGGGAAGACAGCUAUUCUUUCUGCUUUUAUUGUAUUAACAGGUGAGGUAGCUAAAGUUAUUUAAAAUAAAAUUAAAUUUAUGAUCCAAGUAGCUUAUUUUUCCCUUAAUCUUACUGUAAAUACAUUUGAUUUCUUGUAGAAAUUGAUUUUCUUCUGUUUAAUUUGAUGUUUUUAUUAUCACACUUGAUUUUUCUAAAUUUGUGUGUGAAAUUUAACAUUGGUUGAAUUGCAGUUCCAUUUGGCUAGUAAUAUUUCAUUAUUAGUAACUGUGACACCAUGUGUGGAUUUACUUUGGGGUUCAUGCCAGAGUGGCACUGCCAGAAAGAGCCAUUCCAGCUGAGCUGCAGCGUGCUGCCCCAGAGUGUCUGUGCUCACCCGACCAGAAGUUCGCGGGCUGCUUGUACAGAGGGAAAUUAGUGCUCAAGGAAAAUCUGCUUCUUUUCUUAGAUUGACUUUGGGAAUUUGAAUUUCCAUCAGCGCAAAUAUAAAUUUCUCUAUCCUGCUCUGAGGCUAAUUGGUAUCAUGUUUUCCCUUUAUGUCUUAUCACUCUGGCACAUCCCAUCUCAUCCUGGCCUCUGAGAAAAGAGCCAGCAAACUGACUUUCUAGUUCUAGACGUUCCACUGCAGGCCAGGAAAGCUUGAGAAAGGCACUAUAGAAGAAGCAAAGGUAAAUCCCUGCCACUCACCUUUUUCUGCAUCCCUGGGCCUGUAAACGAUGACAACACUGACCUUCUGCACCAGCUACCUCUGCUUGCACAGCAGAGAAAAGGCCAUGAGAACCAAUGUGGACAAGGAACAUGGACUCAGACUUCAAGGAAGAAGCCAUUUCCCCAGGUCCUUCUUUCUGCAUCUCACCACCCCUAGUUACAGAUAACUCCACUGAACAGCAUCUAUUCAGAAACUACACCGAAUAGAAAAAUUGGUGGAAGGGCUCACAUGGGUAGCAACUAUGACAGAGAAAUAGGACACUCAGUUAUAAACAUUCUCUCUUAGUUUAAAAAAAAAAAAAAAAAAAAA